GGGAGAAAGGUUGAGGAUAGAGCGAGUGUGGAAGGACAUUGAGGAGGAAGACAGGGUGUAUCAGUGACAUCAACCAGCAGUGUCUAAAAACGCCGGACCGGACAUGGUCCGCCGAUAUACGGGUGCUGAGUAGUAGUCCUGCUUCUGAGGAGGCGAGAGGACAACUGAGGACGCCUGCUUUCAUGCGUUCCCUGCCUAAAAGUCGAACCUUUCUGAGGAGCUCUGCUGUCAAAUGGAAUUAUUAUUUAUAUCAGGAGUUCAAGCGAAGCUGGCAGCUUCAAGUCCAUCCACUUAAAUGUAUGUGAUCAAAAGGAAGACGGAGCAGAUACUUUCUCCAUAAAGAGAGCGCCAAGUCCUGCUGAGUGAAGUUUCCCCUCCCAUCCUUCACCUCCAUUCCCAGUCUCCGGAGGUGCCAUGGUUCCACCCAGACCAGGUGGAACCGUUGCCCAGUCCAGGGUGCCUCGCCCUGGCUACGGCCUCUGCCUCUACCCCUCUUAUCUGCUGCUUACCCUGCUGCUGCUCACAUCCCUGCCCAACCUCUCGGAGGCCUUAGCGGCACCCAAGUUCACCAAGAUUCCCGGUGACCAGAUCGGGGUGUCGGGAGGCGUGGCCUCAUUCGUGUGCCAGGCGUCAGGUGAUCCCAAGCCCAUAGUCAACUGGAACAAAAAGGGAAAGAAGGUCAACUCCCAACGCAUAGAGACAAUAGAGUUUGAUGAUGGAGCGGGGGCCGUUCUGAGAAUACAGCCUCUCAGGGCACCUCGAGACGAGAACACCUAUGAGUGUGUCGCCCGCAACAGUGAGGGAGAGGUGGCCACUACCGCCAAUCUGGCCAUUAUACGAGAGGACCUGUUGCCGCUGGGUUUCCCCAGCAUCGACAUGGGUCCCCAGCUGAAGGUGGUGGAGAGGACCAGGACGGCCACCAUGUUGUGUGCUGCCAGCGGCAUCCCAGACCCGGAGAUCUCCUGGUUCAAAGACUUCCUCCCUGUGGAACCCAGGGCCAGCCAGGGACGCAUCAAACAGCUACGUUCAGCUGUUGGCGCCCUGCAGAUAGAAAACAGUGAAGAGACGGACCAAGGGAAGUAUGAGUGUGUGGCUACUAAUUCUCAGGGUGUCCGCUACUCUUCCCCAGCCAACCUGUAUGUGCGAGAGCUACGAGAAGGAUCAACAGAAAAAUUGCGUCGCGUGCCCCCUCGUUUCUCCAUACUGCCCUCCAACCAUGAGAUCAUGCCCGGGGGCAGCGUCAACAUCACAUGCGUGGCGGUGGGGUCCCCCAUGCCCUACGUCAAAUGGAUGCUGGGCAGUGAGGACUUGACCCCGGAGGAUGACAUGCCGGUUGGACGCAACGUUCUGGAGCUCAACGGCGUCAGGGAGUCGGCCAACUACACCUGCGUGGCCAUGAGCAGUCUGGGGAUUAUAGAGUCCACCGCACAGGUGUCAGUCAAGACUCUCCCCAAGCCUCCUGGUACCCCCAUCGUCACAGAGACCACUGCCACCAGCGUUACCAUCACCUGGGACUCUGGCAACCCCGACCCGGUGUCCUAUUACAUCAUCCAGUACCGGGCCAAGGGGCCGGAUAAAAAGUAUGAGACCGUAGACGGCAUCACCACGACGAGGUACAGCAUUGGAGGACUCUACCCGAACACGGAGUACGAGAUCCGAGUGUCAGCCUUUAACAGCAUCGGCCAAGGCCCCUCAUCCACUCAGGUGGACGCCAGGACAGGGGAGCAGGCUCCGGCUAGCCCGCCCAGGAAUGUCCAAGCUAGGAUCAUCUCCCAGAAUACUGUCAUGGUCCGCUGGGAGGAGCCGGAGGAGCCCAACGGACAGGUCAAAGGUUACCGCAUCUACUACACCAUGGAUCCGUCCCAGCCCAUGAGUCUGUGGAAGAUCCAGAACAUCCACGACAGCACCAUCAUCACAAUCCAGAACCUGGUUCCCUCUGAGACAUACACGGUCAGGGUUCUGGCCUUCACCUCCGUGGGGGACGGGCCCUUCUCAGACCCGGUCCAUGUCAAAGUUCUGCCUGGAGUUCCAGGGCAGCCUGGGAAGUUCAAAGUGGGCAAGGUGACAGACACGAGCAUUGAGCUCACCUGGGAACCUUCCUACACAAAGGAAGGCAUCGUCAACUACGAGCUGCUCUACAAACCCGUCAAGUUCGGCAGCCUGGAGAAGUUGACAUUCGGGCCGCGGUCUUCAUACACUGUGGAGGGUCUGAGAGCUAAUACAGAGUACUCCUUCUCCCUGGCAGCCAUUUCUAACAAAGGCAUCGGAGCCUUUACCAACGAGUUGGUCCAGAGGACAUCACAAGCCAAGCCAUCGGCUGCACCUUUGGGUGUGUCCUGUGACAGCCCCAGCUCUACCUCUCUGAGGGUAAGUUGGAAACCGCCGCCCGCUGAGACCCAAAAUGGCGCGCUGACUGGUUAUGAACUCCGCUACCAGCGAGUGGUGUCCGGGACUGGCUUUGAGGUUCAGGGUCUGGAGGUUAAGGUGCCUCCCAUCCCCCCAGAUGUGGGGCAAACGGUGUUGAAGGGGCUGGAAAAGUGGACCUGGUACCGCAUUACCCUGGCAGCCUUCGGCACAGAGGGUUCUGGACCAGAAAGCCUGCCAUUGCUUUGCCGCACAGACGACGAUGUCCCAAGUGCGGCUCCUCGGCAGGUGGAGGUCCAGCCCUUCAACUCCACCGCCCUCAGGGUGACCUGGCGAUCUGUGCCUCCGAAGCACCGCCGAGGCCAGAUCCGCGGCUACCAGGUGCACUAUACCUGUGUAGAGAGUGGCUCAUCGCGGAGUCUUCCCAGAAUCAAAGACCUGCUGCUAGGCGACAGCCAGUUUGUGGAGGAUGACACUACUGAAUAUGAGAUGGUUUUGGGAGGUCUGAGGCCAGAGACCACAUACUCUGUGUCUGUAGCAGCCUAUACAACUAAAGGGGACGGAGCGCACAGCAAAGCCAGAGUGGUUCAGACUCUGGGUAUUGGUCCUGAAGCCCCCUCCCUCUCAGUGCACCUGGGCCCCGAGCCCUCUGUGGUGGUGAGAUGGGGGGCCCCUGACAGGGCGUCAGGUGCAGGGGCCAAAGGGAUCCUGGGUUAUCGGCUACGGUUCGGGCUGAAGAACGCCACCACUACGGUGGAGCUGCCGGCCAAGGAGCAAACGUACACAUUCACAGACGUGAUUCCGGGGCUGACCUAUGUCGUUAGCCUGUCUGCCAGAAGCCAGUCUGGGUAUGGAGAGGAGGCCCUGGAGGAGCUGGAGGUGCCAGAGUCCCCCCCGAGGGGCUACCCCCGGAUCUUGGACUCCAUUAACGCCACCUGCUGUUCGCUUCAGUUCUCCUGGCUGCCCCCGGUGGAGAGCCAGCACCACAGUGUGAUCACUGAAUACACCGUGGCUUACCGGGAAGCGGGGGGUGUCGACCCGUUUGGGCCCCCUCAUCAGAUAACCCUACCAGCCAGUGAAUCCAGUUACACCAUCCUGGGACUGAACCACGGGACGGGCUACGAGGUGCAGAUGUGUGCCCACAGCCGUGUAGGGUGUGGCCCUUUCAGUCCUCCACUGCUAUAUCACACACUGACCUUUGACACAGAUGUCCCAAGGAACUUCUCAGUGAAUCUGGCGACCAAGACCAGUGUCCUGCUGACCUGGGAGUUCCCCGAAAGCCCUUACACAUACCGCUUCACUGUGGAGUAUAACCGUCAGAAAAUGGAGGUGGAUGCCAGGCUGAGGAAGGCAGUGAUUCCCAAUCUGCAGCCCGAUACCGACUACGACUUCAAGAUCACCUCCCCCGAGGGCAACAUGGGCGGGCUGAGGCACCGCAUCCACGCCAAGACCUCUCCUCCGAUCACCAUCCGCCGCCCGGAGAUAGACCACGCCCGCGACACGGAGAGCACGGUGACCAUCAUCCUGCCCUCGCUGGAGAACCACAGCCCCGUCAAGAAUGUGUAUGUUGUGGUGGUUCCUCUGAGGAGGGCCAGGGGAGUGUUCAGGCAUCUGAAGAGCCCGGAUGAGAUGGACCUGGAGGAGUUGUUGAAGGACAUCAGUCAGAGGCAGAGGGACUCCAGACAGCAGAAACAGGUGGACCUGCGCCGGGCCUACAUCACAGCCCGCUUCACACCGGCCACCUUGCCAGCCUUCUUUACUCUGGGGGACCAGCUGGACUAUGGAGGCUUUGAGAACCGGGCUCUAGAACCGGGACAAGAGUAUAUGUUCUUCAUCCUGGCUGAACUCAAUGCCACCACAGGGAAGAUGUACGUGGCCAGCCCAUACACUGACCCUGUGAUCGCCCCGGACUCCGACCCCCAGCCCCUGGACGCAGGGGACGGUUUGAUUUGGGUGGUUGGACCGGUCCUGGCAGUAGUCUUCAUCAUCUGCAUGGUCAUUGCCAUCCUUCUUUACAAGAACAGCAAGCCAGACAGUAAGAGGAAGGACUCUGAGCCAGGCACCAAGAGCCUUCUGGGUAAUGCUGAAAUGAUGGCCCACCAUCCCACAGACCCCGUCGAAAUGAGACGCAUCAACUUCCAGACCCCUGGUAUGGUAAGCCAUCCUCCCAUCCCCAUCACAGAGUUGGCUGAACACACAGAGCUUCUUAAAGCCAACGACAACCUGCGUCUGUCUCAGGAGUAUGAGUCCAUUGAUCCUGGUCAGCAGUUCACCUGGGAGCACUCAAACCUGGAGGUGAACAAGCCCAAAAACCGCUAUGCCAACGUGAUCGCAUACGACCACACCCGAGUGGUCCUCGCCCCCCUAGAGGGUUCUAGUCCAGGCGUCUUGGGUAGUGACUACAUCAAUGCUAACUACAUCGAUGGCUACAGGAAGCAGAAUGCCUAUAUCGCCACGCAGGGCCCACUGGCCGAAACGUUUGGGGAUUUCUGGAGGAUGGUGUGGGAACAAAGAGCAGCCUCUGUAGUCAUGAUGACACGCCUGGAGGAGAAGUCUCGGAUUAAGUGUGACCAGUACUGGCCCACCCGUGGUACAGAGACAUAUGGGAUGAUCCAGGUCACUCUGUUGGACACUAUGGAACUGGCCACCUUCUGUGUACGCACCUUCUCUCUGCACAAGAGCGGUAGCAGUGAGCGGAGGGAGGUGCGUCAGUUCCAGUUCACUGCCUGGCCGGACCAUGGCGUUCCAGAGUACCCCACCCCCUUCCUGGCUUUCCUACGCAGGGUCAAAGCCUGCAACCCCCCCGACGCAGGUCCUGUCAUCGUGCACUGCAGUGCUGGUGUGGGGCGCACCGGCUGCUUUAUUGUGAUCGACGCCAUGCUGGAGAGAAUCAGACAUGAGCGCACGGCCGACGUCUACGGUCACGUGACCCUGAUGAGGUCCCAGCGGAACUACAUGGUCCAGACGGAGGACCAGUACGGCUUCAUCCACGAGGCUUUGCUGGAAGCGGUGGCUUGUGGGAACACGGAGGUGGCGGCCAGGAGCCUGUUCUCCUACAUGCAGAAGCUGGGCCAGGUGGAGAGCGGAGAGCAUGUCACUGGCAUGGAGCUGGAGUUCAAGCGCCUGGCCAGCACCAAAGCCCACACGUCUCGCUUCGUCAGUGCUAACCUGCCGUGUAACAAGUUCAAGAACCGCCUAGUAAACAUCAUGCCCUAUGAGACCACCCGGGUGUGUCUGCUACCCAUUAGAGGCCUGGAGGGGUCCGACUACAUCAACGCCAGCUACAUCGAUGGCUACAGGCAGCAGAGAGGUUACAUGGCUACCCAGGGUCCUCUGGCAGAGACCACAGAGGACUUCUGGAGGAUGCUGUGGGAACACAACUCCACCAUCGUGGUCAUGCUCACCAAGCUCCGAGAGAUGGGACGGGAGAAGUGUCAUCAGUAUUGGCCCGCUGAGCGUUCAGCCCGGUACCAGUACUUUGUGGUGGACCCCAUGGCUGAGUACAACAUGCCCCAGUACAUCCUCCGAGAGUUCAAAGUCACCGACGCCAGGGAUGGCCAAUCACGGACAGUUCGUCAGUUCCAGUUCACUGAUUGGCCAGAGCAGGGAGUUCCAAAAUCUGGAGAGGGCUUUAUUGACUUCAUUGGCCAGGUGCACAAAACCAAGGAGCAGUUUGGUCAGGACGGCCCAAUCAGUGUCCACUGCAGUGCGGGCGUAGGGCGAACUGGAGUCUUCAUCACUCUGAGCAUCGUUCUGGAGAGGAUGCGCUACGAGGGAGCUGUGGACAUCUUCCAGACGGUCAAGAUGCUGAGGACACAGCGACCUGCCAUGGUUCAGACUGAGGAUGAGUACCAGUUCUGCUACCAGGCUGCUCUGGAGUACCUGGGGAGUUUUGACCACUAUGCAACCUAAGAGGGAAAGUCCAGUCUCCUCAUACUUCUUCUCAGAUAAAGGUCUACAGAGAAACAACGACUGAGAGAAGCAGGCUGAAAAACAACCGAAAUAUUAACCUAAUAUCUCACCGGAGGGACAACGAUACUAACGAGGAGUCAUUAUACACAAACAACAGCAACUAGACCAAUGUCAAUGAAAACCUACACUCUGAGGAAAGACCUGGAAGGGUGUGUUGGAAAUCUCAGACAGACUAUUACAUGUAAUCCUGCAUAUUCUUCUUACCUCAGUGUUCAACAUGUGGAGGACUUAUGAUACCUGUGUGUGUUGUGGUCAGCUAUUUCAAAAAUGAUACUAGAGAAAAACAAAAUUACUUUGGAAACAGAGUUAUGAUAUAUAUGUAUAAAAAAAAUACAAGGACACAAAAGGCCUGGAUAUUUGCUGCACCCUAAAUGGGCUUUUUAUUAUAUUUCUAUCUAUGGGUUCAAGGUGAAAGUGCAAAGGUGAAGAUGUGUUAGCUGUACUGCGUCCAUGGUGUCUUUUGCUGCCACAGCUAGUCCUGACCUAACACCAGCAUGGUUUUAGAUAGAGGACUAAACCUGGUCCAAGACAUAUAAGUAGGACUUGAGGGAUUGUUUGAGCUUCAUGUCUGUGAUUGGACACCAAACUCUCCCACCCACUGGGCCAAAAGAAACCACACUGUUCUGGAGCGGAUGGGAAAUCAACUUUGACCUCUAAUGAGAUGGGGGAAUGGUUCCCCUACUACAUCCAGCAGACAACACGUGAGCAGUAAUCGCCAGGCAGCGGUAACCCUUAGGAAUGGAUCUAUGAUCAGUUUACCACACUGAAAUCCCAAACCAUUGUGGUGUAAACACUAAACGGAACUCUGAUCACUGUCUGGGAUCAACCUCUCCCCACUCCAAGCAGAUCAGUUGUCCAUGCUUGCUUUGUGCUUACAUCUAAUUUGAUAACCUAAUAAUAGUGGAGGUUAAACACAUAAUAGGCUAUUACAUUUCAAUCCCAAUCAGUAAUUGUACUGGAAUUUAAUACAAUAAUUGGCUAUAUAUGGAGCAUUUUGAUGGAUUAACAAAAAUACAAAUGUUUUUUUCAGGAGAGUCUCUUUUGGUGGGAGUUAUUUUCCACAUUCUAUGGAAAUGUAGGAUGAUCCUAUAAAUUCAAGUUUUAUCUUAUGUAUGUUCUCUGCUGUAUACCCUCUAUCGCACACCACUGAGAUGUGCAUUGAGUGGCAUCAAGUAGCUUACAGCAGACCUGAAUACAGCCAUUGUGCAUUGGGAUGGUCUUGGUGGCCCAGGGGGUUGGAGCGCAGCUCUGAUGGAACACAACAGUUGUGUGUUCAACUCCUGCUUUGGCUCUACACCGCUGACUAUGUGUGUUACCGUGACUUGCUUUGGAUGAAAUGCAUUUUGCUUGAUAAACCAUGUAGGUCCUGAUGGGUUGAGAGCAGAACAAAGAGGUUCAAACUCUGCCUUCUCCACCAGUCUCUCUCUCUCUCUCAGCCUGCAGUAAUACAGGGCUCUUCACAGCCUCUCUUUUCCUAGUCUUACUGUACAGAAAAACCACACGACACAACCUGAUACCUUCCCUGAACUCCACUCCCCACAAGCCCUUUAGAUAUCGUCCUCUCCUCAUGUGGAUUAAAUGUACUAUAAUCUGCUGCCCCAGAUAUGUUGUGAUUGCAGAGCACAGUAUGGUUAUGGUACGUGGACUUGAACUGUACAUACUGUCUGACAUAUAAAGUUCUUUAUAGUACAGUACAUAGGCCUGAGCACAAGCUGUAAUAAGUGGGGCAUAAUUAUUAUCAACAAGAAAGAGCCUUAUUGUAAUUGUAUACUUUGUCAAAUGUUUAUUUCAUUUGAUUUUUCAAAUAUUUAUUAUCAUUCUAUUUUGUUACUGCUAUUAUGACUCUUGAUUUUUACUAUUGUUUCAUAUGUUUAUUUAUUGUUUUAUUUGGGAAAAUUACCGAAUAUAACCAAUGAGAUGUUGUUUACUUGGCUAGCCAAUUUUAAUGUAUCAUAUCGUAUGUUUUUUUUAUGGUCAUUUUUAAGUGCUUUUUUAAUUUGCUUUAGUAUAUUGUAUACAGCGCCCUGUGUGGAGUGCUAUUUGAUACUGAUGUCCUCAUAGAUAGAUACUUAGAGCCAGACAUAUUUUCUGUUUACAGUGACAACCCCUUCUCGAUUCAAUAGUAGCAACAGUGGUACCUUCCAAUCGCCCAUGUAGGAUUUAGCAUUCAGGACAUAGUGAGUUAAAAUACAGUAGGUGGUAAUAGUCUGUGUUGAACUGUGUUCAGUGAACAGUUCCAUUUUAGUUUGCUACUACAGCUAGAUGGAAAAAACUAUAUGGUACCAUUCUGGUACAGAGGAUUAGCAAAGAUAAACCUUUGAAAAUGAGACAUAACUUGUUAUUUGUAUUUAGCAAUGAUCCUGAUAUGAAAUUUAAGUGUGGUCCAAAACUCAAUCUGAUGGGACUUAAAAUUCAAUUAAAAUGAUGACUAUAUACUAUGAAUAUACUGGACAUAAAAGACAGGCUAACUACGUGACAUCAAUUGACUGCCAGUUCCUAAGAUGUCAUUUCAUCAACUUUAUUGAACCUAUUACCUGGUAGCUGUUCUUUCCUUUAAACACUGGAUGUAAAUAAUAUGUAUGUUGACUUUGUAUUAAAAGUGAGAUGAUGGGAGAUACCAUGAUGA